AUGUUCAUUUUCCACCUUUGUUGUCUUUUCUAUCAGUUAUGUGGCUGUGGGCUGCUUGGCGUGGGCAUCUGGCUCUCUGUGUCACAGGGCAGCUUUGCCACCUUUUCGCCUUCAUUCCCCUCUCUCUCCGCUGCCAACAUGGUCAUCGCUGUUGGGGCAAUCGCUAUGGUGACGGGCUUUCUCGGUUGCCUGGGUGCUAUUAAGGAGAACAAGUGCCUGCUUCUAAGUUUUUUCAUCGUACUGCUGAUAAUUCUUCUGACAGAGCUGAUACUUCUUACCCUCUUCUUUGUGUACUCCGAUAAGGUGAGGGAGAAUGCUAAGCAGGACCUGAAGGAUGGGCUGGCCCUUUACAACUCAGAAAACAACAUAGGCCUUCGAAACGCAUGGAACAUCAUCCAGGCAGAGUGGAAGUGCUGCGGUGUUAUAGCGUACACAGACUGGCACGACGCCCUGAGGGAGAAAGUGGUUCCUGACCGCUGCUGCCAAGAGCAUUACCAAAACUGUGGCCGUAACUCCACCAACAUGUUCUGGAACGGGGGCUGCUUUGAGAAAGUGGAGGAAUGGCUGGAUGACAACAAGCUUCUACUGGGAACCAUAGGCAUGGUCAUCUUGGUGGUGCAGCUCCUGGGCAUGGCGUUCUCUAUGACGCUGUUCCACCACAUCCACAGAACAGGAAAGAAGUACGACGCCUAACCUCAAGCAGAUGCGCUCCUGCCUAAUGGGAUGAGACUGAUUUAAACAUCCAUGCUUUCCCUCUCACUUUACAAUGACUGUAAAGCAUUUUCGCCGCCCCCCCUUCCUUGGCCUGUACAGAUUUCAGCUGUGUUCCUGCACCUUUCCUGCUCUCUCUCUACCUAUCAUUCAUUUUGCCAAAGAGCAACACAACUGGAACUGAAGGGACACCUUCUUUUGGCAAGAAAGAAAACAACAUCUAUUAUGAAUGACAUUUGCUUUGUUUAUUUUUUGCUUUGACUAACAUUUUGCUGGAAGGAAAGUUGUUUUUUGAGACAAUGAAGACUGAACUAAUGCCCAUACAGCAUCUCCAAGGCAAAGAAAAACCCAUGAAAUGAAAACAGAGACUCCUCUCCUCCGUUCUGGAGGUUUUAUUAAUGUUUAGUGACACAAAAACCCCAUUUUCCCUUGUAAAUGGAUCAAUACCCAAUAUGGCAUGUUAGUUUUUUACUUCACUGGCUUACCUGUCUCUGAAAUUUAGUUUUUUAGGUUUUAGAUUUGUUUUUAUGAAAAUUAUCAGUGCCCCUGUGAUCUGCUCGUAUGCAUUUCGGGUUGUGAUCCAUGAUUUUUUUUAUUUUUUAUCUGAGCUGUAGGACUUUGGGAAAAAGGAAAUGUGUUGGAGUAGAAUCAUGUAAACAUGCAGAAUCUGCAGGGUUACAAACUUUAGUUCACAGCUCUGUCCAUGAACCCACAUUUCUGUGUUCAAGUUCCCCUUUGACGCAACAUUCAUAGUGUUAAACUGUCAUUUAUUAGUGCUCCACGAAACCUGUCGGUGUCUCAAGGGAUCCGGGUGAUAAAGUUGUUGUUUUUUUUAAAGAAUAGACUGUUUGUGUGUUUAGCUCUGUGUCUUUGUUUGAUCAUUCAGUCCAAAUUUCUGAAGGGGUAAAGAAAAAUAGGAUCAGAGAGAGAAAAGGCUAACAGCAGACAUGUUUUUUUCACUGCUCCAGCCAUCAAUUGUGCUGGCAGGAAGAACCUAGAGGCUUUCGCUUUAAGCUCUCAUCUAUUCAGUCUGCCUGAACUCAGCCAUGCCUCCAUUUUUCUGUUUGCACCCUGAUUCUCUUCCCACAUGUCAGGAAGCAAUGAGUUUGACAUUCCUGCUCAUUACAAUGUCACACCUUUGGUUUGCAGGUUCACAUAUUUCAUCUGAGCUUACUUUUCAUGCAGCCUAAAGAAUGGUGUGGGGAGGGCAUAUCAAAGUCAGACAGAUAGGUAUGGCAACAUGCCCUGUAGGACACGUUUGUUUAUGUCUGUUUACGCACUGAUGCACAGCAGGAAGCCCCGGCAUCAGUCUGCCUCCUGGAGACCAAAAAUACUCUUCAGCUGUUAGAAUCCCCCCCCACCACCACCUUUCCUGCACAAAAUUCCUUAAGUUAUAAAGAGAUGUGAAGAAUACCUUUAUUGGAAGGGGAUUGUUUCUGCUUCGACUGUGAGGCUUAGGAUAUUCAGUAUUUGUCACAUCUCUGCGGGUAAAUUGUUUUGACAUUUAAGAAGAUGGAACAGAAAAAAAAAUGAAGAGACAAGUUAUAAAAGCAAAAACUUAAGCACGCACCAAGAUUUACCGCUUUACUUUCAGCAUCAUUCUCAGUUUCCAAGGUAGAGUAAGGUUUUACAUUACAGUGUACCAACACGCCUGCACAAAGUGACAUAGGUCAGUGUUAAAUUAGCAAGUCGCUUUAUGCCGUUUGAUGAAACGGUCAGAGGUUGAAACUGGAGCAGAUCUGGCUGCUGAUUAAAGAGAUGAUCAGAUCUAAAAUCAGGAUAAAAAAAGAACCUGUUACUUUAAGACCAGGGGCCCAUCUGUGUCCCUUGGACCCUAAAAUGUUUUUAAAGAUUGCCAUUAAAAUUUUAGCAACGUAUUUUCUAUCUAUAUUUUCUAGCAAAGUCAUGAUUAUAAUUCCUAAUUCUUAGUCCUUUAGACAAUAUUUUUAUUUUUUUAUACAAAGUUUUCUUUUCUAUUUGAGGUUACUUAUCUUACUGUUCUAAUUUUCUAUACAAACCAACGCUGCUGCCUGCACAUUCCCUGACCUAUUACAACAAAAUCUUGUCUAAAUUAAAAAUAUAAAAUAAGCCUACAUUUGAUUAACUUCAGUUUAUUGGAGUCAUUAUAAUAUAUACAUAAAUGAACUGAAAUUUAAACAUAAAACUUCAGGGACACAGGAAGGUCAGUUUUAUAGGCUCAAUCCUUCUAUUUUGCUUUUCCCUUUUCAGUGUCUGAGGCACUGUCUUUGUGGUUUUCUGCUGCUGCAGCGCUUACCUUUUAUUGCAACACAUCAUUGUGUCUCCUAGUUAGUACCUUUGUUGGUUAAAUAAUCCACCCAUUUGUAUUGUUUGCAUUGCACACGCUUGCUAGGCAGAAUGAGGUCGAGACAGGAGCAUUGCUUGAUCUGUGGCAUUCUGUUUUCAUUUAAUUCACAGCAACCAUUCAGCUAAAGCCUGAGCAUACAGUGCAUAAAAGAAACUGGAUGCCUAUAGUGCAGCUGACUGAAUAAAUGACUUUAUAAUCCCCUCUAGCUCUCCCCCACAAACCUGCUAUUCACCUGUCGAAAAUGACUUUUUCUGGAAGCAAAGGGUUUGCAAAGGUCCUGCAUUCACUGCAUGUACCUCAAAAGCAGCCCUUGAUUAUAACCCAUUAGAGCCACAUGAGGCUCUGUGUCUGUAAUCUAAAUUUAGUCCAGAAAGGUGCAAAAAAGUUUUUUCUUUUCCCUUAAAGGUUUAUUUCUGAAAGAUUAUUCGGGGACAAAUGUAAUUACCAUACAUUUUCUAACCAAGCAGAUUAUUUACUUCAUACUGUAUCUUCUUGGGUUUUAACUGACAUGUUUUAAUUGGUUUUAUGGCUGCAUCAUUUUAACGACAGGUUAUUAGGAUCUACCAUGUGGCCCUUUUUAGCAACGCUUCUUAUUGUGUCCAUGGGGUUUAGCAAGACAGCCACUGCUGUACAGUGCAUGCACAAUUGGCUUCUACAGUACAGCUCCCCGCCACCCCACACCCACCCCCCACCCAGCUUGGCUGCCUCCACCCAACAGUGUUCUACCUUAUUUACCACCUCGCUCUGCAGACGCCUGACUCCACAUACAGACGCUGCAGAGAAACAGCUCAGCUCUUUGCAAAGUAGCACCUGUGGGGGUAACCUGUGCUGCUUUUCCUCACAUUAAAUAGAGAGGUCUUUAUAAACGGAUGAUACAGAAAACAAAAGGACCCGAAAUGCUGGAAAUAAGUCUCUAAAUCUGAUAACUCUUUUUUUGUCACAUGCUCUAAUACUAUGCCCAGAUUCUGUUUGUGAACUGUGUCUCAACCCAGCCACAAACAUUUGCUUUGUCUGCUUUUGUCAGAGUAAGGGUUCCCUUUGUGUUAGUUAAGAAGGCAGAGCCAAAUGACAUUUCAACAACAGCUGUCCAGUGAUGUUAUGUUGUUUGUUGGUCGUUGCUGUUUUAAUGUUUUUUUUUUUUACUGUUGCUUUUUUUUUGUAGUGUAGGCAGUUUCGUCUGCUUUUUAUAUCCGUGCGUGACAGACGGUCCGCUGAAUCUCAUUGUACGCAGAUGACACCAUUAAUUCUUCUUUUCUACAGGGGAUUAGUCUUGGCAGCGCUUCUGUACAAGGUGCAAAAAUGCCUUUUUUUGUCUUAAUUCUGAUGCAAUGGUAUACAUUCAGAGUGGAUGAAAAAUAUAUGAAAAAUACAUACAUAUAUAUAUAUAUAUGUAUAUAUAUAUAUGCGUGUGUGUUUUUAUGUAUAUAGAUAUUUGCUGAUUCUUGUCUUUAUAGAGUCUGCUUUUUUUAUAGUUCAGGAGUAAUUUUUGAAGUAGAAUCAGUCAACCACAAAACUGUUUGUGCAAAGUUGGGAGUAUAAAAAGUAUGAGUUUACUAAAUUAUUUAAAGUUGCACUGGAACUUAACAGCUCACCAUACUCUCCAAGCUGCUCCAAAGCCCAUUUUAUUGCAAAAGAUAACCUGCACUAGCAUCUUUAGACAACUGCAGGUAAUACCUUGCAAUACACUUGGUGAUGCCUGGAUGCAGCAGCCAUGAAGACCCAUUCCAUUAAGCUUUCUACUCAAAGUUACUGAGCUAAUCUAAGGGUCCCAUAGAGUUUGGAGAAAGUUAGUGACCUCUGCACAGUUUGCAGCAUCUAGCAAUCAGGCUCUGGGACUUUACACGGGCUACUGUACUUCUUUGUGGCUGUGUUGUUAUCCGCAAUUGCUUCCACUUUGCUAUUAUACCACUUACAAGACUAUUUUUUAAUAGAAAAAGGAUUCUCUACACCAGUGACCAUCAAAGUUGUUGGAAAACCUAAAUUCAGUUAUUCAAUUUGCAUGGGUUUAGCAAAUACUUUUGGUAAUAUAGCGUACUUGUGGGUAAGGUCCACAAAGAGACGCACUGUCUGCAUAUUUUAGUUCUACUUUGAAUAAAUUAUGAUGUGCAGUUAUAACCUGCAGUGUGUUUUUUUUUUUUUUUUAACUGCUCAUGUCAGGUCCGUUAUGUGUUUCUAAAGCGUCUUUGUGACACUGUGCCACGGAGCUCAUGUCGCUCUACUAUAUCAGCACAGGGUGUCAGCCCCAUGUGUAAACAGUACAUAAAUAUAUAUGCUUAUUUUACAACUGAUUCAAGUCAGUGUUGCUGGAACACAAAUGAAUAUAUGAACACUGACAGCUCAAUUUUCUAACAAACCAUGUGCUUUUAUGCUUAGUUAGACAUAUCUUUUUCUUGUACUUUAAAUGUCUGUUUUUUGUUUUGUUUUUAUUUGUUUGCUGUUUUCCCUUCACUUGCAGUGGCAAUUUUAUGUAAAUGUCUGUUUUUAUCUGUAAGCUUUUCAUGUCUUGUUUAACUGGAUUCUGAUCUUGUAGUUUAUUUCAUUUCAGAGGAAGCAUAAAAUAUUCUUUCUCAUCCGUCAGUAAGUCACAGAGAUGCCGGGGACAAAAUGCGUUGCAGCGAUCCGGGUUUGCGUGGCAGUGAGAGACUUUGAGCAGUUUCAUUUCAUUUGAAUCACUUUAUUUUUGCACCACCUUCGGCUCACUGUUUGUGUAAUUCUGCUCGCAAUGCGUCUUCUGAGCUGAAACUGAAUCUUUGAGCAGUGGAAAUGACGCUCUCCAGCAGAAGCAGCAUGUUUGAUGUUGAGUUCUCUGCUCGGCGGCAUGGACUGAUGCCUGCCAACAUCAUCCUGUGACUUCCUGCCACAAAGCUACACUAUCUGAGGUGGUGCACUCACCUGCUCUUUUCUCCAAAUCAACUAUUUUUUAAAUAAAAGAAAGUGUGUCACUAAAUCCAA